GACAUCACCACAAGCACAACUUGAAGCAUCGCUAUGAACUGCAGGAGACCCUGGGCAAAGGUACCUACGGCAAAGUCAAGAGAGCCACCGAGAGGUUUUCAGGCCGAGUGGUCGCUAUAAAAUCCAUCCGUAAGGACAAAAUUAAGGAUGAACUAGACAUGGUUCACAUCAGACGAGAAAUUGAGAUCAUGUCAUCUCUCAGCCAUCCUCAUAUCAUCAGUAUUUAUGAAGUGUUUGAGAACAAAGAUAAGAUUGUGAUCAUCAUGGAAUAUGCCAGCAAAGGAGAGUUGUAUGAUUACAUCAGCGAGCGGAGACGCCUCAGUGAGAGGGAGACCAGGCACUUCUUCAGGCAGAUCGUGUCUGCUGUGCACUAUUGUCACAAGAACGGUGUGGUCCACCGGGACUUGAAGCUAGAGAAUAUACUGCUUGAUGACAACUGCAAUAUUAAGAUUGCUGACUUUGGGCUUUCCAACCUGUACCAGAAGGACAAGUACUUGCAGACAUUUUGUGGGAGUCCACUCUAUGCCUCUCCUGAGAUUGUCAAUGGGAGGCCUUAUCGAGGACCAGAGGUGGACAGCUGGGCCUUGGGUGUCCUGCUUUACACUCUUAUUUAUGGAACGAUGCCCUUCGAUGGCUUUGAUCACAAAAACCUCAUUCGACAGAUCAGCAGUGGAGAAUACCGGGAGCCCACGCAGCCCUCAGAUGCUCGAGGACUCAUUCGGUGGAUGCUGAUGGUGAACCCCGAUCGCAGGGCCACCAUUGAGGACAUUGCCAACCACUGGUGGGUGAACUGGGGCUACAAGAGCAGCGUCUGUGACUGUGAUGCCCUUCCUGACUCUGAGUCUCCACUCUUGGCACGGAUCAUUGAUUGGCACCAUCGUUCCACCGGGCUUCAGGCUGAGACUGAAGCCAAGGUGAAGGGUCUAGCCAAACCCGGAGCCUCUGACAUUGUGCUGGAGCGGCAGCGGUCACUGAAGAAGUCUAAGAAAGAGAAUGACUUCCCCCCUUCUGCCCAGGACUCCAUACCUGAAAGCCCAUCCAAACUGAGUUCCAAGAGGCCAAAGGGCAUCUUGAAGAAGCGAAGCAACAGUGAGCAUCGCUCCCACAGCACUGGCUUCAUAGAAGGCAUUGUGGGCCCUACCGUACCGUCUCCUUUCAAAAUGGAGCAAGAUUUGUGCCGGACUGGUAUUCCCCUCCCCAGUUCUCCUGAGGCAGAUUUGUCAGGGAAGCUCAGCCUCAAACAGUCAGCCACAAUGCCCAAGAAAGGCAUCUUGAAAAAGACCCAGCAGAGAGAAUCUGGGUACUACUCAUCCCCAGAGCGCAGUGAGUCUUCAGAGCUGCUGGACAGUAAUGACGUCAUUGAUGGCAGUGGCCUCUCUUCCCCUCCCCCAGAUGCAGCCAGGGGAACUUCCCACAGCCUGUCCUGUCGCAGGAAGGGUAUCUUGAAACAUAGCAGCAGGUACUCGGACGGUGCCACAGACCCUGCCAUCACCAGUUCCGAAAUGCCCACACUGGAAUCCUUGUCAGCUCCUGGUGUCCCCUCUGAGGGCGUCUCUCGGAGCUAUAGCCGCCCGUCCAGUGUCAUCAGCGAUGAUAGUGUGCUGUCCAGUGACUCCUUUGACUUGUUAGAUCUACAGGAGAAUCGUCCAGCCCGCCAGCGCAUCCGCAGCUGUGUCUCUGCUGAGAACUUCCUCCAGCUUCAGGACUUUGAGCCACCACACAGCAGGCCCCGGCCCCAGUACCUGAAGCGGUACCGGAACCGGUUGGCAGACAGUAGCUUCUCCCUCCUCACUGAUAUGGACGAUGUGACUCAGGUGUAUAAGAAAGCGCUGGAGAUCUGCAGCAAGCUCAACUAGCCCCUCAGGGCACAGAGCAUGGGAUGGGAUGGGGUGGGGGUGGGUUUAAGGGAGGAGGGAAACAGAACUCAGCUUCAGGCUGGUUACCUCUUUGCUGGCCAUGGCAGUGGACUGGAAAAGAACUGUUAACUGGUAAGGUCUGGCCCCGCCAGGGUUCGAAGCCUUGACUCAGCACCUAAAAGGGAUGGAAAUGGUUCUUUAUCAGUUCUGCCAGCUGCCAGUCAGAAUGUGGGUCCUAACUGGCAUUCCCAUAGGGCAUCUCACACAGGAUUGGCUCUCCAGGGAAGGUGGCGUUGAACAGCAUGAAGUGGGAGGGGGCAUAUGGGGAAGGGAGUGUUUCCCCUAGAGGUCAUCUAGGCAUUUUUGGAGGAGGGGCAGGAAGACUGAGAACACCUGCUUUGGAUGAAUACCUUAGCAAGCCUGGUCUGACUGCGUAGAUGAUAGCAAGAUUCCAGCACCCUGAGCUUGACUUGGUGAUCAGUUAGCAUCUGUACUGUAUGCUGAUUUGAGUGGCCUAGGCACAACACUGGGUGCUGUGAUUGGGUACCAGGGGGGUCCAGAAUGUGGGAACAGCAUGGCCUCCAGGACUAAGUCCUGGGAGCUGGGUCACAGCACCCUGUGGUGCCUGCUGACUCCAUCAUGGCAUUUGUUCAUUUGCUCCUGAACCUUGAGUGGAAGACAGGGGGACUUGCUUAGACAGUGGAUGCUUUGAACUCUGCUAAGAACAUAGUUAGGCGAUGCUAAGUUUUGGCUUCCCAGGGUCUGCCUCAUCUUCCCUGCUUUGUUCUUUGGCAUCACCUGAAAGUGGGCAAAGAGGAAGAUGGAAGUGUGAGGGGCCAGGGCAUUUUGAAUGACAGUUCAAUGGAAGGUGAGGCACGUUAGCAAGGGCAUCUUUUCACUUUCUUAAAUGUCUCAGUAUUAACUGGAACGUUGCCUCUUGGCUUCUCAUCUGCAUGAAUGCUUUAAUUGGGUGGGAGGCUGUCGCGGCCUCCAGAGGGUUAAUGGCUCAGCCGCUGGCCCAUCCACCUACAAGUGUGGAACCUUAACAGUAGAUGGGUUGCUUCUAGGGAGCUAGUGUGUAGGUGGGCGUGUGGCUGGGGAAAGUGUGGUUUGAUAGAAGCUUCUUGGCUCCUCUAACCUAAAUGUUCUGUCUCAUGGCUUUGUUCUCCUGCACUAUGGGGAGAAAACAAGUUCCAUCCAUCCAUGGAACAAGAUGUUGAAAGAGAAGAGUGUUGGGGAGAGGCUUAGGGACAUUGCUUCAGGAGUCAUCCAGAUGGUUCUGGAGGAGGCAGAAAAGAGGUGUGAAGGGAUGCUUAAAAAUGGUCAAGCUAGUUAUCUAAUCUCCCAACACUAAAAUUACAGGUAACGUCAUUCCCACGGUGGACAUCCUGGGGAUCCUGGGACUGAAAUGGUCUUUUGGGGCUGACCUUGGAGUCCACUGGCUUGGGUAAAUGAGAAGCUUUAUUCUAAGGUGGCUGCCUUCUGAUAGCCUCUGGUGGGGCAGGGACAACACAUCUUGGGAAGUUUUAGGAACAACACACCACUGAGAACAGUUGUCAGGAAGAUGUCAUCUUAUAUUUCUGAAAAUGGUUUUUCAUCUCUAUGUGUGCCAGCCACUCCCGAUGUUUAGGCCUGUGCCUUGUUUUGGGUUGAGCUGAGCAGAAUACUGUGGGAAGCUGCUUGGGUUCCUUUCUUUGAGUUUCACCUCCUUCCUGAAUUCUGAUAGGGGCUAAAAGGGAGAAGAGUCUGUCAGCAGAGAACUGGGUUCGAGGGUUUGGGUGGAAUAGAGGCAGCAUCCAAUCCCCUGUCUCCUUGCCUCAAGCGUCUACACUGCUGGCCGCUGAGCAUGGAACUGGUCUCAGGAACACCAGCCAUUGGUGAUUGGUGUCAUGUGUCUGUUUAGGAUUUCCCAUCAUUCUAAUGUCUCCAUUAGGAAAACCGUCCUCUGCCUUCUCUCUUCCUGGUCACCAGUGUGUUCUUUUUUGUCAGCACAUUGGAUGGAAAAGCAAUUGCUUCCCACCUGUUCCAGGGCAGACACUGAAUGCAGUCCAGGACUGCUGUUAGCUCUGGAGGUCCUCAGGCCCCAGCAGUGGUGUGAGAUAGAGCUGCUUCCUAUGUUUGGAGGCUGGAGAAGUGGGUGACUGGUUUCCUAAGGCCAGGCUCGGUUCUGACACCUGCUUCUCAGUGACAUAGAUGCUGAUGGUCCCUGCAAAGAAAAGAGUUAGAAUAGAGGAGAGCCCUAAAAUGCAUCUUCCCAACUAAGUCCUGUUACCUACAAGCCAAUCCCCAGCCAAAGAAGGUGUGCUUGAUUCAUUUCCAUGGAGUCACUAGUGAGAGACACUUUGAUGACCCGAUGGGCAGGAUGGGAGACGGCUGCCAACCCUCCUGGUCCUUCCUUUGCUCCUGGGGCCCUUUCAUUGUCCUCGUUUACACAUCUGCCAAGGGGUGGAGUAGUACUUCGUUUUACAGGUAAAUUUCAAGGCACAAUCAGUUUUUAGGGAAGUGCUUCAAGACCUUGGCGACAUGACAGUGCUAAAUUCCCGCUGAAUUUGGUCUCUGUUGCCAGGUGCUCUUUACCGAAUGAGCGCUCGCAGGGUGAAAUUCAGGCAUAAUUUGCCCAGGCCUGCUGUCUUGAGUACAAAUGUGAAUGAUGGGACUGACUGCUUGCUGCCAAACUGGAAAUGUUUUGUGGGGAUUUACUGGCAUGGUAUCAUUCCUAGGAAAAAGAAGAAAAAAAGAAAAAGAAAAAAAAGGAUAGGAGAGUGAGAAAACUUGACUGCACAUUUUUUUAAAAAUCCAUGUUGUGACUUUUAUUUAAUUUCUAUAUUUUUUGGUAAUAAAAAGUUGACUUUAA